GGCUUCGUCUCGGCGAUGGGGUACGACAGAAUAAGCUUACUACCAGAUUCCUUACUAACUCAGAUACUCCUACACCUUCCGACCAAAGACUCAGUCAAGACAAGCCUCCUUUCGACCAGAUGGAGAAACCUAUGGCUCGAUGUUCCAGGACUAGAUCUCCACUCCAACGACUUCCGUUAUUCCAGUUCCGCCAUCAAGACCUUCACCGACAAGUUUCUAGAGCUAAACCGCGAGUCACGCCUCCUAAAGUUCAAGAUCAAGUACGACGAAUGCAAUGUAUACCUCUUCGGAAUCAGCGAAUGGUUCGUUACAGCGAUUAACCGUGGAGCUCAGGUUCUAGAUGUCGACACCCUUAGAUGUCCUUUCUACAAAGACUUCAUGCCUUUGGAUGUUUACAAGAGCAAGACUUUGGUGUCUUUGAAGCUCGUCAACGUAGGGCUGUUGAAGCCCGAGUUCGUUGUUUCUCUACCAUGUCUCAAGAUCAUGCAUCUUGAAGAUAUCCAGUACAGUGAUGAUGAUGGUUCUUUGAUCGUGGAGAAGCUCGUCUCAGGGUGUCCUGUUCUUGAAGAUCUGACCCUGUGCAGGUCUUUUGAUGAUAAGUUGCCUGUGGCUCUGCGUGUCAUGUCUCAGACUCUGAAGAGGUUUUGUGUAAAGUCUGGCCCUGGGAUAGAGAGUGAUGCUCCGGGACUCAAAUGUAUUGACUUCCCAGAUGAUGAUAGAGUCGUGGGGAAGAAUCUGAGCUUCUUGCUCAUGGUCGACAUUGAUACUAAAUUCAAUCUUCACGAGUUUCUAAAUGGUGUUUCUGGUGUAAGACGCAGUAUGAUCAUCUCUCAGCGUACUAUAAAGGAACUAUAUCGUUGCUUAAACAUGGAACCAAUUAGCAAAUUUCAUAACUUGUCUCGUUUGGAGGUUUCAUUCUCCAGUGAUCUCUUAUUACAAGUGUUGCCCAAUUUUCUUGAGAUUAGUCCCAAUCUAAAGUACCUCACUUUGUGUCUAGUUUUCUCAACGAAGAUUGAACGAGAGAAUCUUGAACUUUCUAAUGCCCCACGGUGCUUACUAUCGACUCUAGAGUGUGUUGAGAUUAAGGAAAUGAUCGCAGGAGAAGAAACUGGGAUGGCGAGAGUAAGGAUUGCUAAGACAACAGCGAUGAAAUUAGCAAAGCAGAAGAAGAAAAUAUGGAUGGAGGUAGUGAGGUACUUUCUUGAGGAUUCAGUAGUUCUAAAGAAUCUCAUAUUGUGUCUCACAGAUUCAGAUAUCACCAAGAAGCUUGUUACGUUCACAAAACGUUUUGGCCGGUGUCAAACUAUCUUUCGUUAGAUGAUAUGCUUGUGAGUUUAUGCUUAGCAUUUGAGAGAGGGUUUAUUAUGUUAAAAGUCUUGUGGUUAUGAUGUUUUGUACAGAUUUGGAUUGUUCAACCAUCGGUGAGUUAAAAAAGUGAGAUUAAUGCAAAAGUUUGUUGCUUAGCUACUCAGUUUC